AUGUCAGGUAUCGAUGAUAUUAAGGCGCCAAUUCCCCUGAAGAAUAAGACUGUAUCCCAAUUGAAGGGCUUUGAGAUGAAAAAUACUAGAUGCAGCUCUAGUUUGGGUGAUGAUUCAACGAAGAGGCAGCGCUUGUUUUCCCCAGAACCGGGAAUUGCCACCCAAUUGAGAGCUAGAUCAUCUACUCCAAGAGCUGCUUCUCCUAGACUGCUCAAUGGUAUGGAUUCCGAAGACAUUUUGAAACAAAGACUUAAACACUAUAAUCUGGAUUUUGUUGAGGAUAAGACUGAGCACUUGAAGAAUAUCUACGAUCCAAGCUCGAAAUGGUUCGGUAGAGCGGUAAAACCUCCAUUUCCUAUUGAGGAAUGUCUACCGUACAAGACUGAGAGUCAUAAAGAUCAGGCCAGGUACUUAUGUCAUGUGCUUGUGAAUCUAUAUAUCGCCAUCGGCUCCUUGGACAUCCAAGGUCUCAUUAAUAUAUCGAGCAAAGAUCUCGCGGAGCUCAAGACCGAGAUUGAUAACCUGGCACUGAGUACAGAUCUCUUCCGUUUGUCAAAUGAUAUAUCGGAUUCCGAAGUCGCUAACAAUGAUAUUGCUGACUUCGAUGACGGCGAAGAUGAGGAUGAUGAGUAUGAUGAGAACGAGUACAUUGAUACAGUCGGCCCAGAUUUCAAUGCUACAGGUAAGAUCACAGCCAAAUCCGCCUCGAUAAUAAAUGUCAACCAUUGGACAAAUGAGUUCAAGAACUGUAUGCAUUUCGAAUUCCCUAUAACACUGAGGAAAUCAAUAGCAACUGUCUAUUACUACCUUUCACUAGUUCAAGGACAAAAAGUCUAUCGGCAAAUGCAUGUGGACAUGUUCACAACACUGGUUACUACGGAUGACGAUGGAACGAACUUCACAGACUUGCUUCUCGAGGCUGGUUUGAAGUUAGAUCACAAAGUGAUGCUAGAAUUUCUCAGAGAGUUUUUACCGUACCCAGAUCCAGACUAUGUUCGUUAUGAUGUGACAUUGAAAGAAGAUUUGCAACUAUUAAGACUACUUCUUAAAUUGGCCCAUAGUGCAAAGGCAUUUUACGAUGAGGAAGACGCAAACUUAUUGAACAAUGUUAUGGAAAUCCUGCUGUCAAGUCUGGCUCCUUCAACCAUGUCGACGGUUAUGCCUGUAAUCACAUCUUUUGUGCCCUAUCACUAUCAUGAAGACAGUAAGAUCACUGACUACCUGCCAUUUUGCUUUAGUUUCUGGAGUUCCAUCAAUGCUAACAUCGGUGUUGAUACUCACAUGUACGAUCUCAUGGGGACAGUGGCCGAGGACGCCCAUUGGAGGCUUUUGAAUGGAACGCUUCAGCCAGAACUUAUCCCCAGUGUUCAUAGCGGCGACUACCUAAUUUUCACCGAAGAGCAAAUGUCGUUCAUGUUCAACAGAUCUCAAAACCAUUUAAGAAGUGAUGGUCAAAUCCACUCAUUUUCGCGAACGGUAAGACCGCUUGUUUUUGCAUUGAAGGGCUCAAAGAGUGAUCUUUUCUUCGAAAAACUGACCGCAUUGACCAAGUCAAUCGAGACUUUCGUACACCCAUCAAACAGUGGCUUUUGGACAAAGCCAAUAUCGAAGUUUGUCCAUGGUUAUAUCAAAAUGUACCACUCCAGAGUUAAAAAUGAAGAAAAAACUAAAGAGGGCCCCUCUGACAUUCGGUUGACACCUCAGUGUCACUCCAAAUUAGUGGAUAUUUUCUUGCAUCUGCUUGUCUUGGGAGCUCAAAAUAAGAACACCGAUGUGGCAAAUCAUUAUAUCUCAUGCUUUGCUUAUCUCCUAGAUUUGUCACCCAGCAACUCGAACCUGAUUUAUGAUAGGAUUCUAACCGACAUUUAUGAAGCUUUAGCUGGAGAAUAUGUCAACUCAACACACCGACUCAUUGCGGCUCUAAAACAGUUCAACAGGGUUAUCAGGUACAUGGUAGAAGAUAAGCUAUAUCGCGUUCAUGUUACAAAUGUUCUGCUCAUGAUGGUUUCGAAGAUUGAUAUGAAUGACAUACAGUUAACGAGUAACAUCAUCAAUGGCAUUGUCUCUAUUGCAUCUUUUAUUCCUUUCGAAAAUUUUGCCAAAGAUGAGGAAUACCUAACUUUUGAAUCUCACACACUUCCCUUUAUUGAACAACAUUAUUUCCAUUUUAGUUCAACUGAAAGAUUCGAAAAGUUUGCAUACGAUGAGCAGAUUUUGCAAAAUGCCUUCAUUGCAUCUACUACUAUAUUCGAGAAUAUCCUUAGAAUCUACGUUGAUAAACUCUUUCUUUUGACUGAUGUGGAUCUUGAAGAAGGAUUCGUGACCAAAGUGAAUCAGACGACAAUCAUCAUGCAAGAGUCCAUGGAUGAAAAGACCUUCAAUAGCUUCGCGGAACUUCUUCAAAAGAGGUUGUGGGAUAACGACUUUUUCAGGGAGAAGAAUCCAAAGUUUGAGUUGAUAACCAUACCUCUAUCAGCGCUUGUUAGAAGAAAUUCAAAAUUGAGCAGUCCUCUAUUUCAUAAACUCAUUUACCACAUUCGUGAACAAAUCGAAAAAGGAGCUGGUUCUGUGAGAGGAUCGACCGAAAUCCAACAAAGAGAUCUGAGACUUGUGCUUUACUUGUCAGCUUUGAAUGAGGUAUUGAGGCAAGCACAUGAAUCUAUUUUGGAAUACAGCGGAAAACUGAUAGAAUCAAUGCUAUACAUUUAUGAGAAUAUUACAAACCCUCCAUUGGAUGUUAUCACUUCCAUCAUAAUUCAUAGUUCCUGUGCUACACUAACUAACACCGAAGUUGUUGAUUACCGCUUAUUUCCUGAGGACUCUAAUAUACCCCCCCUCGAAAGAUGGGGUGGCUUGCAAUUCGAUGAUCGUAAAUUCAGCAAAGAAAAUAUCAGAUUCAAAUGGCACACACCAAAUAGCGCUGAAAUUUCGUUAGCGAUGCAAAUCUUGGAGACAUUCAUUGAACAUUCUAUUUCUCAGGUCGAUCAUCUGAUGGCUCAGCCGGUAGCGGAUGCCAACUACGUUGACAAGAUGCAAAAAUACAUUUUGAUUAUCACGCAUGCCCUCUCAGGUUCAAGCUUACUCUUCGACCCCGAUUUUAACAAGAAUAAACCUCAUACAGCGGACUCUUUAAAUUAUCGCGAAAGAUUACUGUUGUUGAAGAGCAUACGCGAUUGUAACUGCGAUAGUCAAGAAUUGGAUAUCGACAUUGAGCAAAUUCGAUCAAGUAAAGGCGACGAUGACUAUUUGGAUGACAAGGAAGUUGAUUUGAAAAUGCUCGGCGACGAAACAGACGCGAUUGAAAUGAGGGAUACCACGCCAGAUAACAUCAUCAUGGACUUCGGUGCGGAUGUAUCAGAAGCGCCAUCCGGUAUUGCAACUCCCGAACCAGGGUCACAUUUUGAAGGAGGUGUCAGUUCUAUGAUGAACUCUCGUUUGGUGUUCAGGGACCUGGACAUUUACACCUGUAACUAUCCUUUCGGAAUUACUGCCACAGAAAAGCUUCUCCAUCCACAAUAUCUCCAAGUCCACAAGAUUAGGGCUAAAAUCGGAAGGUUUUUCCGUAAAGUAUACCUGUUUCUCUCUAAGAAGUAUGAAAAUAACACAGCAAUCUUCCAAAUAUUAUUGCAUGGAUUGAAGGUGUGGUUUACCGACGUGGGACAAGAAACAAUUUUCAAUGAGGAUCCAAGCGCCUCUUUGGAUCUGGACUUUCUCGAGAAUAUCCAAGCUCUGGCUAAUUUAACGGAACCUUUUACGAGGACAUGCUUAGCGGUCCGUGCCAAUGACUUUCAUCAAACAAGGGUUCUGUUGCGUUCUACGAACAGAUACCCUUCUGCAUUAGAGACUGAACUACUGAAGGAUAUUAUCAAUCUAGCAUCAUCGGUAUACCCCGAUAUUCACAAGCCUGCUCAGGGUACACUGGUUCAUUGCAUGAAGCAAUUUGUCGGCUCUUACUCUAUUAUUAUCAAGAGCGUGAUAUCCAGUUUAAAAAGCUCUCUAGACACACAGGAUUACAUGAAGCUGGAAGUGGUGUUGAAAGUGUUGAUGAUCAAGAAGAUUAACCGAAAGUUGGUUUCAGACUACAAAAAUCUGAAGGAACUCGUUCUCAUCUUAAUUCGAUGCUGCAAGGUUAAUGAUUUUGAGAUUGCUAUGCACGCCGAUAAAAUACUGAGUGAUGUUGUUAGCGGUUUAAAGAUUCCCUCAAGUGUAUGUAUCCUUGAUGAAAGAGCUUUGAGCAUUUUGUCACCGCCUGAUCACUCUAUCAACUUACAGGUGCAGGCAGUCAAGCUGGCUAAGGGGAAGAAGCGCGACUACUAUUUCUCUUUAAUAAUGGAGCUGCAAGAAGAGUUGAUCAAGAUUUUAAACACAGAGGAAAAUGUGGGCUGGAAACUCCCGGUUUUUAUCAUGCGAUUUAUCUCCAAGAUUCAAUCAAAUCUGGAGACAAAAGUGAACAGAGAAGCGAUAGAGAUUAUCUUCAGGCAAACCGAAUCUAGACAUCCGGAUCUCAUCCACUUGGCUCUUAAAUCAUUUCUUGGGACUUUCAAUAAAGUGCUUUCCUUAGCUGAUUAUAACUAUGACAUCACAAAUGCCUAUAGGAGCACUUUCGAUCCAGAUCACAUAUUUCAGAUUGACACUUCGGAUGUGAAGGCUAUUUCAGAACUUGAAUUGGAGAGGGAAGAUUUUAAAGAUCCCAAAUUUUUCAUCGAUUCAAAGAUGUUUGUCGGUUGGUUAUGCUGGGGUGCUCCGAUGAAAGUCAUGAAACCUGACACACUUCAUUUGACUUUUGAAGAUAACGAACUCGAAGCUCUUACUUGCAUUGGAGGGCUUAUCACAAAUGAAUGGUUGGACGCUAUUGUAUCCAAUUUGAUCCAAGACAAUGAAUCACACGGCGUGUUCAGCAGCGGAAACGUAUCUUUCUUCGUGCUUGUCCUGUUUCUGAUAUCGAAAGGCUUCAUGAACAUGCCCUUCAGUAACAUACUGCAAGUUUGUCGUCAAAGCUACAAUAGGUAUGACAAAGCAUCCAUGAUUAUGUCAAUAGAAAUAUUGGCAGCGUUGAUGUGCAGCAGCAAAUACCUCGAUUCCAACGCGCUAGCAGAGAGGGACAGUUUUAUUGAAGAGUUCUUGCCUAGCUGUUUGGAUCAUGAACUGAACCAAGAUGCAUUUGGUAUCUGGGCAACAGUGUGUUGGUGGCUCCCCACAGUUGUUGAUUUGAGAAGGUGUGAGCCUUUUUAUCACCAUUUUUCCAACAUUGAACACUUACUGGACACUAAAGCCGAUGAUCCGGCCCACCAAGCCUCGAAGCUUUUGAUGUUGCGGAGCAUUUUUAUCAGUUUGGAGUACAGAACUCCAGGGAUGGAACAAACUCUGGAACUCUUAGUGAUGGACCACCCAUACGAUCAGGUUCGGGAGGCUGUCGCCAAGAUCCUGGCGACCAUAAUCCAGAACCAAAGUUGUCCUUCCUGGAGAUCAAUCUCGGAACUUCAAGAAAAUGAAACUUGUGAUUUGAGCGGACUAGGUACACCGCUCAGACGUAUGCCCACGGCCACCGAUGCGUUCAUCAAGCAGCUGUUCGUACAUGUCGCUGAAGAAAACUGCAAAACGGAUGGCCUCACACCACAACAGAUUUUGAAGACCAAAUACUUCUACCUCACAUCGACGAUCAUCUACUGGAUCAAGGAAAUGGCCCGCGGCCCCAAUAAGAUUUUACUAGUUCCAUACAUCAUCCAUUAUGUGGCUCCAUUUCUAAUGCGAACCCUUAAACAUAAGGAUGUGUGCAAGCUUACCGGCUUGGAGCCCUCGAUGCUGUAUGUUGGUUUAUCGUAUUUGCCCAUCAGGAAAGAAAAUAUCCACCACCUUGUGGAGUUACUAUGUGACACUUCGAAAAUGACCUCGUCACACCAGAUCAAAUUACAAUUACAGUUCGUGCAACAUUUCUUCUCAACUCAACUUCUACAAUUGACUAAGAACGAGAGGAACGCCAUUCUGGACGUGGUUUGCAACUACUUGUACCAUGAAAAAUUCAUCGAAGUGAGAAUGAAAGCAAGCGAAGUUCUUUCGGACAUCGUGCAUAAUCUAGGUGAUCGUAACGAUAAACUCAACGAACUCGUACAAAGGUUCGAUCAAGGUUUGGGCCAGUACACUUGGGAACAAAAGAAAGCGAUCUCCAAGACAAAUGUACAAGUUCACGGCAGCAUCUUGGGUCUUGGGGCAAUUAUCUCAGCAUUUCCCUACGUUUUCCCACUACCUAAAUGGAUCCCCAAACAAUUGAGCGAGCUAUCGUCGUGGGCAAGAACUAACGGUGUCGCUGGUGCCGCCGCUAAAAGUGUCAUAAGCGAAUUCAAGAAAGUCAGAACAGAUACCUGGAAAUUUGACAGACUAUCAUUCAGUUCAGAGGAACUUGAGGACCUCGAGGGGGUCCUAUGGAGUAGCUAUUACGCCUAA